UCUUUGUUAGCGUCACGUUGGCCGGGACAUUAUCUUCAUACGUUCGGGACAACAGAUCACUCACAUUACCAUCCUCGCCACUCCGGAUGCUGUCGCUUGGCUUGCGAAUCGAUUUUUGUAGGUGUUUGAUAAAUCCUAGCAUCUUACGCACGUUUGGUGGAUGGUUCCCAUAGCGAUCGCGAACUCCUCGCAGGAAUGCUUCACUCCACAGCAGAUGUUCUUCGGAGACGUUCAUAUCACCGGAGGCUAUUAGGAUGACAGUGCUCAUGGUAGCCUCGAACAGCUUGUUAAUAUCUCCCUGAAUCGAUUUGUCCUUCUGGUAUUCGCUGUGAUCGCGAAUAAUUUCAUUUACCGCGUACUCUACCCGACGGCUCCAACCGGUUCGAUCCAGGGCCGAGAACAGAGCCUUCGUUAUAUCUACGGACGUUCGGGGGACGGUAACUUUUAUUGGUGUUCGCGGGGCCGAGGCUUUGACGGGCGUUCGGAAGGUAGAGUCGUUGAGGCCACCAGGCAGUUGUUCCGGGGCAUCUGGAAUAAUCAGCAGAGCGGAUAGAUCUUUCUGUUUUUUCACUAUCUUGGGACGGUAGUUGGAUCGGAAGACCGUUUGCGGCGGUCGAUGGCUAACGGGUGUAUCCAUAUUUUUCUUGCUUUCGAUGUAUUAUUCCUGUCCUCUGGAAACCUGACGAAGACUGACAAUUUUAAACCGUGGUCAUGCCAAACGGAAUGGAGCCGAAAAAAUGCAAGCUUUUACGUUUAGUGGCGCAAGGUUGCUUCGAUUAGUUUUUUUGUUUGGAGAAAAAUUGGAAAAAAGAUCGGCAAUGCAGGGUUGUAAAUGAAUCUGAUAACAUCUAAUAGUCAGCCAUCCCUUGUAGAUAGGAGUUCAAGAGAUGACCAUACCUUAUACUAUGUUCACACUAGCACAAAAUAACCUGUUUUAUUGAUGGUAAUAUAAAGUUAAAAUCGAACCGUUCACACAUGUAUAAGGUAAUAUACCAUAGCAUGCUGUUUGUUGUUGCUAAGUGCGAUUGUUUAUUCGACAAAGUUCGUACGAAAAUGACGUUGCAAGAGAAAAUUGAUGUUUGUAUUCCAAUUUACAAUCUACUUUGUGAUUCGGUAUUUGAACUCAACGACCUGUACAGCAGUGCGAUUCGGGACCUGAGACGUAGGCGAAGAAUGUACAUUGAAAACAUCCGGGACAUCAAAAAGCGCCAGUUUUUGCUUCUAGAAGCCGCGGAAAAUGUUACCGUCGACAGAAUAUGGACGCUUAAACGAACUCAGUACUUUUGGGAAAAAGACUGCCAAGUAAACGGAGAUGAGUUUUUAAGCAGAAUUUCCGAAUGUAUGGACACUAUGCUUCGCAAGGCUAUUCCAUUAGAAAAAAGAGUAGCGGUUGCUUUAUAUACCUUAGGUUCCUCAUCAGAGUUCCGCAGUAUUGCGAACUUGUUCGGUAUAGGAAAGUCAACAGUAUGUGUGAUACUAUUGGAGUUUUGCCGAGAGAUCUGGGAAAUUCUUGCACCGCUUUAUUUAAGCAAGCUUCCUUUGGAAAGAGACACGAUCGAGGAUUGCGUUGCUGGCUUCCUGAAUCUUGGAUUUCCACAAUGUCUUGGUGCGAUAGAUGGCUGUCAUAUCGAAAUCCAUCACAGAGCUACGGAAGCUGUUGAUUACUACAAUUACAAGGGAUGGUACUCAACUGUUUUGAUGGCUUUGGUGGAUUACAGAUACCGUUUUUUAUACAUAAAUGUCGGUAGUCCAGGGCGAUGCAAUGAUUCGCAGGUAUACGAAUCAUCGCUUUUAAAGAAGCACCUUACUGAAAACCCCCUAAUGGAUGAACUAUCAAAAAACAUAUGUGGUGUUAAUGUGCCGGUGUUGAUAAUCGGAGACUCUGCAUUUAGAUUUUCUAAAAACCUUAUGAAGCCUUACCCUUUCAACGUCGCUGGAGAUGAGUUACAAAAAACUUACAAUUUUGUGCAAGCAAGUACUCGGCGAGUUGUAGAAAAUGCUUUUGGACAUAUCAAAGCACGGUUUCGUCGAAUUGGAAAAGGAAUCGACAACACUAUUGAAAACUCGUCGUUGAUCAUUAAAGCGUGCUGUGUACUUCAUAACUUCCUCAAUGUAAACGACGACCAUCUUAAUUCAAAGUGGAUUAUAGAACAGCUAAGAAGUGAAAAGGGUCGUAUAUAUCCUGAACAGCCAGCUAUAAUUCAUGAUUAUGAUGAAAACGCGGAGAAUAUAAGACAUGCUAUUGCUACCUUCUUCAGUCUCAACGGCAUUUCAGAAUCCAGCGACGGUCCUGCGUAGGAUAGAUCGGAAUCAACGGCUUCUUCUACAUAUUCUGCAAUUAUCUCAGCAUCUGAACAACAAAUAAAAUAAUUAUUUUUAUUAGUCACAAAAAAUCUUUGUCAUAUUGAACGCAAUUCUAUAGGCUUUUUAUGUAUUACGUUCUGUUGUUUUUUUUUGUUGUACGCUUAAUACAUAACAAGACUGAAUGUUUUGGGAAAUGAACUAAACACGUGAAAUUACCUGGCAAUAAUUCAGAGAAGCUUUCUUCAACUCGUUGAGACACGUUGGUUAUUGGGAAUGUACCCAAAAAGCUGUGGAUUUUGGCAUAAAACGGCCAGGUCGACGGUGAUCCUCCGGAGGGACCGAUUAGAGCUUUCUCUUUCCUAGAAAAACGAUAAUCAUUUUUUACUUGUUUUAAUUACAUCAAAAGUAUACCUACUUGUAUUUGGAUGUGAGGUUGUGAAUUCUCACUUUAAUUUCGUCCGUUCCUACGGUAAAACCCCUUUUGUCCAGCUCAUGCCUAAUUUCCUGGUAGACGUGGUUGUUUUUACGAUUUCCUCGCAAAUCCGCAAUUUUGUCGGCCCACAGCUCUACCAGCAAAUCAAUGCAAGCAGCGCUCCAUCGAUUUUUCUUCGUUUUCUUUGAACUGCGUUCAGGCUCCAUUAUUUUCGAAGCAAAUCACGUGCACCAGCCACCAAAACAAAAUUAUGAAGAAUGAAGUGUAUACAAUUGCCAUCGCAACGAAGUGUACACAUUUGUCAUCGCAACGAAAUGUAUACAAUUGUCAUGGAAUUGUCAUUUGACGAUGUCACAAACUGACAGUAAAAGCUCGCAGGGUUGUGCUCGACUCACAAAUAUAUUAUCUCGAGACGUGUUAUUUAGAAAAAACAGGUUUUAAAAUGACGUUUCGCUAUAUGAAAUAACGCGAUGGGAAAACAUGUUAUUUCUCUUAAAACACGAAAUCAGACUUAAAACACGUUUUAACUGGUAGUGUGAACAUAGUAUUACACUUGCUUACAAAACAUUUCAUCUUCACGCAAUUCGAACUAUGUUUAUCUAUCAGCACAUUACAACUUUUGCUUUCAGCUAGAAAAGGUGGAUCAGAUUUCAAAAGGACCUUCAAACGGCUGCGUAUUUUAAUGUUUACACCCUUUUCACACAUUUCAUUACGAAAACAAAUACACUUGUAUUGGGAUUCAAAGGACAAACCAAUCAGCCAACAUAUCAUCACAUUUAUGGUCGUCUUUUUGUUGUAGAGUAAUCCUAGUCACAAAUCAAUCUAAUACUCUUACUCUCUUUCUUUUUGUGUUCACUAUCCAACG